AUGAGUAAACUACGUAUUGCAAUUAUUGGUGCUGGUCCAAGUGGUCUUUCACAAUUAUUAGCAUUUAAACAAGCUGAACAAGAAGAACGAAUCGAACUUGUCUGCUUUGAAAGACAAUCAGAUUGCAUUUCUGCCGAAGAUAUCGCAUCCGAAUGUUACAAAUUCGGUGCACAAUCAGUGAUAAUCAGUUCUCGUCAGGAACCUAUUGGUUAUACAUGGCCAGCUGAAAUUAAAACUGCACCUAUAUUAGUUCGUAUGGAAGGUCGACAGGCUCAUUUCAAAGAUGGUUCAAGUGUUGAUAAUAUCGAUGCUAUUAUCUUUUGUACUGGCUAUCGUCAUUAUUAUCCAUUUAUGGCCAAACGAUUUCGUUUACAUUGUGAUGUAGGUGAAAUCAUUCCGCCGAGUCUUUACAAAAGCAUCUUUUGGAUUGAUCAACCAUAUCUCGCCUAUUUAGGUGCUACAAGGUACCUCUAUACAUUCCCUUUGUUCGAGCUACAAACAGCACUUGUACGUGAUGUCUUUCUUGGUAAUGUUAAAUUUCCUGAGAAAGAUCAAUGGCAAGCUGAUCUAAAUGAAUGGAAAAAACGAGAAAAAGCGAUGGUACCUUUCCAUAUUUUCGUUUGGGUUGAUUUAGAACUUGAUUAUAUGCGUGAUAUGCUUGCUUUAUUACAUACACAUGAUGGGAAUCAACCUGUAUCAAAUUUUGAUUUCGAUAAAGCUCAAAAGUUGCUAAAAAAAUUUUUCGAAAAUAAAUUAGUUGAUAUAUUGGGUUAUCGUGAUAUAUCCUACGAAUCUAUUGCCAGUACGGAAAACACAAAACUUAUCCAAGUUUACAAACCAUGGCUUGAAAAUAUGGAUGAUUCAAUAGAAAGUUUUUCUAAUUAA